GGCGUCUUUUUUUUCCUCGGUGAGAAUGUCUGGCCGCGGCAAGGGCGGGAAGGGCCUGGGCAAGGGCGGCGCCAAGCGCCACCGCAAGGUGCUGCGCGACAACAUCCAGGGCAUCACCAAGCCCGCCAUCCGGCGGCUGGCCCGGCGCGGCGGCGUCAAGCGCAUCUCCGGCCUCAUCUACGAGGAGACCCGCGGGGUGCUCAAGGUGUUCCUGGAGAACGUGAUCCGGGACGCCGUCACCUACACGGAGCACGCCAAGCGCAAGACGGUCACGGCCAUGGACGUGGUCUACGCGCUCAAGCGCCAGGGCCGCACCCUCUACGGCUUCGGGGGCUCUUGUCUGAUGACUGGAGUCGUUUUACUUGGAGCUGGUGUACUUGGUGACGGCCUUGGUGCCCUCGGACACGGCGUGCUUGGCCAGCUCCCCGGGCAGCAGCAGGCGCACGGCCGUCUGGAUCUCCCGGGACGUGAUGGUCGAGCGCUUGUUGUAAUGCGCCAGGCGGGACGCCUCGCCCGCGAUGCGCUCGAAGAUGUCGUUGACGAACGAGUUCAUGAUGCCCAUGGCCUUGGACGAGAUGCCGGUGUCGGGGUGCACCUGCUUCAGCACCUUGUACACGUACACCGAGUAGCUCUCCUUGCGGCUGCGCUUGCGCUUCUUGCCGUCCUUCUUCUGCGCCUUGGUCACCGCCUUCUUGGAGCCCUUCUUCGGGGCCGGAGCCGACUUGGCGGGCUCCGGCAUGAUAAUCUCAAAACUAGAGAAAUUGGGACCACCGAAAAAAACAAAGGAAGCCGAAAAUCCAAAAUAUUAAUAGCACCUAUAUACAAACGAAGGCUCUACAUUUUCAUUGGACCCAAUGUGGCCAAUAGAUUAAUAGUAUCGAUGGCUCGCACGAAGCAGACGGCCCGCAAGUCGACCGGCGGCAAGGCCCCGCGCAAGCAGCUGGCCACCAAGGCGGCCCGCAAGAGCGCGCCGGCCACCGGCGGCGUCAAGAAGCCGCACCGCUACCGGCCCGGCACGGUGGCCCUGCGCGAGAUCCGGCGCUACCAGAAGUCCACCGAGCUGCUGAUCCGCAAGCUGCCGUUCCAGCGGCUGGUGCGCGAGAUCGCGCAGGACUUCAAGACCGACCUGCGCUUCCAGAGCUCGGCCGUGAUGGCCCUGCAGGAGGCGUGCGAGGCCUACCUGGUGGGGCUCUUCGAGGACACCAACCUGGCUGCAGGCCGAGCUCCGGGACUGCACUGUGACGGCUGCCUGCUGUUCGGCAUGUCUGGCCGCGGCAAGGGCGGGAAGGGCCUGGGCAAGGGCGGCGCCAAGCGCCACCGCAAGGUGCUGCGCGACAACAUCCAGGGCAUCACCAAGCCCGCCAUCCGGCGGCUGGCCCGGCGCGGCGGCGUCAAGCGCAUCUCCGGCCUCAUCUACGAGGAGACCCGCGGGGUGCUCAAGGUGUUCCUGGAGAACGUGAUCCGGGACGCCGUCACCUACACGGAGCACGCCAAGCGCAAGACGGUCACGGCCAUGGACGUGGUCUACGCGCUCAAGCGCCAGGGCCGCACCCUCUACGGCUUCGGGGGCUGAGCUUCGUCGCAAAUCUGGGCGCUGCAGCCUCGCCGUCGUCCCCAAAGGCCCUUCUCAGGGCCACCCACUUGGUCACAGGAAGAGCUGUUUUCCGGAGGACAGAGGUAACACCUAAUGCUUUGUCGCUGUUCCUUUUCUCGGACUCUGGCUGAACGGGCGCCCCGUUCCCCCGGCGGCUUCUGGAGACGCGCUCCGCGGCCGGUGGCGGUUGGCUAAGGUGGCGGCGCCCGGCGGACCCCGGAGAAGGAAGGCGUGCACCUUGCAGCCGCCGGGCUUGCCUCCUUCAUGUGUUCUGUUCGCUCUGUCUUGGCCUUCCCACCUAGGACCUCAUCCCUCCCUCCAUUUCUCUGCCGGGCAGCCAGAAGAGGUGGCCUUCAGCCCACGCUCACCCAGCUAUUGAUGUUCUAAACGUUCUCCCUACUUGAAGACUUGGGUUUGCGUUCCUGGAUGCCAGGGAAAGCACGCCCUUGUUGACCGUGGACAGUUUUCGUCUGUGUUGUGUUAAGCCCACAAGAUACUGUCAAUAGCUUUUUUUAACGAACUAGUGAGCUUUGUUGGCUGGCCUAAUUUAACGGUAGUGCUGUAGCCCAGCGUUAAGUCUUCUUCUGGCUCCUUACUAUCAAUGUAUAUACCUGUCUCCACUUAAUCCAGACCCCUAUCAAUUACUAGAUCCUAACUAUUAUGUUAAAUCUCCAAGAAAUCUGGAGUAUCCAUGUCUCAGUCACUCUUCAUGAUUAUCUGUUUUCUGUACCACUCACUAAAACACCUUUGCCAUGGUUACCAGCGACCUAAUUGCCAAGUCCUAAAGAACACUAGAACAUCCAUCUGCUGCAACUGAUCUUCUUCAUCCCUCCUCCCUUCGCAGUCUCUUCACAGGGUUUUUGGUACCUUUCGUCCUGACCCAGAUCCUGUAUUCUCCAUGAUUCUUCUCACUUUGCUUUUGGGGCCCUAUUCCUCUGCUUGUAAUUCUUCCCAGUGAACAAACUUGCAGUGUCUUCACAUCAGUCCGUAGAUCUUCCUUGAGUCCUCUCUUCCAGACUCUUCCAGAGAUGGUGAGACAUCCAGGCACCCAGGAAAAAACUGAGGAUCAGCAGAACGGUAGCAGAAGGGGCCAUCCCAAAAUACACCACUUUGGCAUAAGGAUGAUUUUGAGCUCAAGGCACUUGAAAAGCAGAUGUAAGAAUGGGGCUCUGACUUUCCCAUUUCUCCCUGAAGGCAGAUAACGGUCCCACGUGAAAGGAGUCAUGUCUAUAUGAGAAGAAUGCAUCACUAGAAGUCAUGCUGAGAGAAAUCUAUACAAACAGACCUUGUUAAAAUAACCCUGUAUCUCCUUUCGUCCCCUCCUAUUUUUGUUGCUAUUUCAAGAUUAUUAUUCUUUGUUCAACCUAGCGUGUAAGCACUUAGGCCUAACCACUUUCAGGGGCUUCAUGUUCCUGUGAAGACUCCCAUGAGCACAUAAAAAUAUUAAAUAACAUGUGUAUGCUUUUCUCUUGUUACUCUGUUUUAUGUCAAUUUAAUUCUUGGGCUCAGCCAGAGACCCUGAAAGGGUAUUGGGACAUUCUGCCUCUUGUACACAGCCUUCCAGCCCAAUCCUCAAAGCCCUUCUGUGACUGCAGGUUCCUGCCAGAUCUUUGCCUGCAUCGUUCACCCCCCACCACCACCACCACAAUCCCUCCACCUUGCUGCAGUCAGACACCUGAGUGAUGUGCACAUUUCAUUAUCUCAUCUAGGCCAAACUACAAAAAAUAAAAAGCCUUCACUGGUUCUCCUAACAUCUGCAGAAUAAAAUCCAAUUCUUGUGCUUUAUGUGGCAUCUGCUCACCUGCAGAAUCUCCUCUUCCAGCCUGGCAUCUGCUCACCUGCAGAAUCUCCUCUUCCAGCCCGUCUCCCUCUCCACCACUGACUUCUCUAGGUGAAUAUACUUGUCAUACUUGGAGCUUUCUUUUCCUCAGCAGUAUCUUUUAUAUACACGUGUCUCCAUCCUCAAAAAAAACUUCAACUUUUGGGGAGGUUUUAUAAAAAUGCUCUCAGGUUCUCUGGCUGGACCAAGUAAAUGAGACUAAGAAAAGGCAGCCUAACCAGGAAAACAAACAGACGCUUACCAUGUGCAUCACAUACACACGUAAAAGCCCUCGGCAAUAAGGAACCCAAAGCAGAAGUUAGAGUUUGGGGUCUAUGUACCUAAUUUAGUAGGGGACAGGGAGGGAAGAAGGGCUCUUAUGGAAAAGCAAAUGACUUUUUGGAAAGAUAAAUGGGUCUAAAAGAAUAGAUGGCAGAUAUGAUAGUUUAUGACAAAGUCUGGGUGUGGUACCAACUUCUCAUUUACAAUGAGAGACGAAUGUUGCUCCCAAGGAGGGGAUGUAAAACAACUGAGUUAUUUUUGAAAGGACCUGCUUUUAGGCGCAGAAAGAUAUCAGGAACUCAAAUGCUUUCAGCCAGAAUUAAUUCUUAUGCUUUGUAUAAGUGUUUAUAUAAAGUGGCAUAUUUUGGGGUGGCAGAUCCUGAUCCCCUUCACUCCUUUAAGAAUUUCCAUCAGGAAAACUUCACCUGAUUCUGCCGGACAAAAUCAGUCCCUAGGACUUCCUGACAUUCCAAAAGACAUGCUCCACGCAUGUACCUAACCCAGCAUCAGCGUUCCCAAUCCAACUUCAGAGCUACUACACAAUUAAACAGCUCUCUAGAUGCCUUGAAGGCUUCAUUUUGCUAUUCUCAGGACCAAGGUAAUUACCAGCACCUAGUAUUCACUUAGCAAAUAUUUGUGCAAUGACUAGAUGAUUCAAUGGAAUGAAUAAACUAUCAAAGGUCACAAGUAAACUUUUAUACAAAUUCCUUUCCUUUAAUAAUUUUAUCUGCUCCCCUAGAACUUUUUCCUCUCUUACCACUUUCUCUGACACAAAUGUCAGGCUUGUGGCUACAAAGCACCAUCGCAGACUUUCAGAUACAGAUUGUAAACUCUCAGUUUGGGAUAAAAAUAAUUUAAUGAGUCCCAAUCUGCAUGUAUAAAAUAAAUAUGCCUCCUGUUUCUUGUUCUCGCAGGCCUUUAUUUUAAAGUCCAC